AAAGAACUAUUGAUUGUAACGAUUCAAAAGCGCUUAUUUUAAGCCUAAUUGAAUAAAUUUGUUUAUCUUUGACUUUGACAAUAAGAUCUAUUUUAAAUUACAGAAGAAGAUCCGGUUAUAGAAAGUAUGGGUCUCAGGUUGGAAUGCAAAACGAGAAGAUUUAUAACAGACGAAACACAAGAGUUACAUUUUCGUACAGAAAUACAGAAUAGAGUAUAUAAGAAGGAAGUCUUAGCUCUUGAUAAAGAGAUAAGUAAACUGGAGAAACUACUGGCGAAGCCUGUGGAUAGUGACUCUAAUACGUCGUCCAUUAAGGUUAAUAGGAGGAUGGAGUUGAACACAUUGGAUGAAGAAAGUCAAAGUAGUGGUAAAGAUAAACGUACUCCUAGCAUUAGCGGUGGUCUACCAAUGCUUCUUCUCUCAGUUUUGCCUCCAGUGAUACCCCGUGCAAGUUGGCCAUCUACAGAGGCAUGCCGAGGAAGAAAUUCUGUAACCUUCAGCUCGCAACCAAAAUUAAACAGAAAAUCUCAACAGACAAUAGAUUUAUACAACCUUUGCUUGAACAAGCGUGAGGACAACCACAGCAUAUUUUAUCGAAUCAAGUGUUUAUUUGGAAGUCGAGCUUCCUGUAGGAAAGCAUCAACGAUCUCUAUUGCUGACCCGACUGGACAAAGCAUCGCUGCAGCUUUGAAAAUGCAAGUUGGUAUGAUAGCUGGGUUUAUGCCAAAUAGAAAACAAUCAAUAGUCCGAUCAUGUAAUACACUCAACGUACCAAAUCUCGACAUGAAAUUGCGCAGAGAAACAUUUGCCAGAAGUGGACCAAUAAUUCAUAUUACUGAUGAGCCAUCUUGCUCUAAAUAUGAUUCUGAGAAUUUGACGAAGGGUAAACAGAAGUAUGUCGCCGAACCAGAGACGAGAGUUAACUUCGUUCUACCCUUAACCCAUAAACAAAAUUCAAAUAUCUCAGAGAGAAUCAAAGGAUCGCCACGUUUCCCACACAGAAUAUCACCAACAGCUUCUAGUUUGACAACAUUAGAUAGACGCAAAACUAGCGGUGAUAGUGAAUUCAAUCUUUCAAGCGUAUUUGAUGAAAACAGGCGACAUAGUCAUCAAAACGUUGUAAAGGAACACGACGAUAGAAUAGUUGAAAACAAAUGGAAGUCUACAGAAGACGAAAUACCCGGUCCCUCUUCAAGAAUAUAAAGCAAUAAUCUUGUAUAUUUCUAUGAGUACAUUUGGUACAUAAAUGGCUAAACAUUUGAUGAAUACGCAAAGACGUUCAAUUAUGCACAUUUCACUUCUUUAUUCAUUAAAGUAAUUGAAAUCGAACUCUUACAGGCAGACAGAUAUUUUACUAAUGUACACUUUAAAUGUACCUGAAUAAUUUUAGGAUUUCGGAAUUUUUUUAUUAGGUAAACUUUUGAACUACUAGUACCCUGUUACUGAUCAUAUAAACGCAUAGUCCAUACAGCCUUAUUGUGUUCUACUGUUUGUGUGUUGGGAACUAAAUAAUUUUGGACUAAAAGGUACCCCUAAAUUGUAUUAAUAGUGAAAGAUCCUAAGCAUUAAGGCACCAAUUAUUUUACAUUAUAAUAUUCUGGCGAACUAUAAUCUAAAUACUCUCAAUGAGUUAUAUAAAACACAAAAUAAUCAUAUUUGUAUAUUUUUUAAACUAGGUAAUGAGGUAAUAGUAACUGAAUACAAUUUAUUUAGUAGGUACGUAGAGCAAUCUGUAGAUUAAUAGUAAAGUAGUGUAUUAGAAGAAACAUUACUAUCCCAACUAUAUUUGAUAAGUAAGUACAUAGUAUUAUAUUAAUUGAGGACGUAUUCGUCUAUUUACAUUCAAAGUAUAUAUUACUGUAAGUACAAAAGUAAAACUUUAUUAUAACGAUAUUCAAAAUAUUAAGAGGUGAAAUACGAGGUUUUUCGACUAUUUACAAAAGCUGAAAUCAAUAUUUUAAGCCCAAAUGAAAUCUAUCGAAGCGGUAGAUACGUAGGUUCUAUAAAUAUAUCUAAUAGGUACAUAUAUCAAUAGUUAAUAUUUCGAAUAAAAAUCAAACUACCUACAGUAGUUGUAAGGUGAGUAUAUAAUAUUUUCUUUGUAGAUAUAUUUUAAUAGAUAUAUACGAUGACGCCAAAUUUCGAUGGGUUUUAAAAAGAUAUGUUGUAGGUACUGAAUCUAACGAUCCUUUUAUUCAUUUCUAUUUAUUGCAUAAUAUAUUAAUGGCAAUCUGUAUAAUUCAGGUACUCUACUCAAUACCUAGGCAGUAUACAGGUGGUGCUACAAUGGCGAGAUUAAAUGAACAUACGAGUACUACAUACAUAGAACUACUUAAUCUUAAUUAGAUUACUUACAGGUUGUUCCGAAAUGAUAUUAUGGAAAAUUAAUUUAUUUAGGUGAAUAAUUAUGUAUUUUUAAUUUUUUUAUAAUUACGGUUGUAGCACCACACUGUAUAUAGAACUCAAAUGGGCUUCGUGGUUGUUCUUUUAUAAAAAACCAAAAUCCUAUCGUUAAACGAUCGAGUCAAACGUUUUAUGCAAAAGAACACGUUCAAAUUUAAACAUAUAACACAUUAUUAUAAAUUUACUUAUGCAAAAUCCGAUGACGCCAUCGAAAUAUAUACAAUUGUGGUCAUAUCAUUAAGAACGAUAAAAAAAACAAUGUAGUUAUAUUAAUGGGAUUAGGAGUAAAUAUUAAAAUCACUUAGGUACUAUUUUUCUUAUUUAUUUAAUUUUCUAUCGAUAGCUACAAAUUCAAAUAGUAAUAAACCUGGAUAAAUAAUUAAGAACGAUUCCCAAACUGCUCGAAAGUUGUUUCAAUAUAAACUCGGAUUAAAAAAUCACAUUAAAUAAGACGGUGAUAAUGUUAAAAAUUGCAAUUUAAUACAUUCGUUUGUAGCAUGUUUUUUUGACUUUUGACAGCUUUUAAUGACUUGAAAUUUAAUCUUUUUGGCAUUUUUCAAAAGAAAUAGAGCAAUUCUUCUAAAAAAAAGUUACUCUAAUAACUAACUCACUUAGGUUACCACACCAUCGAUUUGAAGCCUUUUUCUAGACUUCGCGACAAAGAAAAAGACUUUGACCCAAAUUCACAUUUCCAGUUUUCUAUCACCAUACUUUGAUGUCUCCAAGCAAAUGCAGAUGACUUCCUCUGUUUAGGUACACGAGGAAUAUUUGUAGUUAUUGGAUACGUGCUAAAAUGCUUCAUACAGUGCAAUUUCAUCGAUUUUGAGCAUUACAGAUGAUCUUUUUAUAUUACCAAUUCAUAUCGCGUAUUUUUAUUAACAUUUACCUUGUAGAUUCAUCACAACUAUUAUUUUUCCCAAUUGUUUUAAAUUAUGAAUCAAUGAACUCCUUGACUUUUAUAACACUAAAACUAAAUGGCGCCAAAAUUAAGCAAAUAGUUUUAAUUUUUUUGGUUUCUUCGUCCAAUAUAAGCAUAGGCAUAGGGUUCAACCCAAUACAGCCAUGUAUUCGGCGUUUUCAAUUGCUUUUUUUUUACUUAUAGUGUCUUCGCAGCAUCAUGCAAAGGCCGAACCCAAGUCACUAGAUAUAUUUUCCCGUCCAGGGUCUCAAACAAUUAUUUUAACAUUUCAGUGCCAAUAACAUUACUCAAACGAGUUUUACUCUAAUAGUUCCCUAGUUAUAGAGUGUUCUCUAUUUAAAUUUGAACAAAAAAUAAACUAUCCAGCGUUCUUAAUUAUGUGGCCAGCCAAUGUGCUUGCAAUAAUUUGUUAAGGUUUUAUGUAAAAUGUAAAUUUAUACAUUAUUGAAUUAAUUAUGUUUUAUAACUGUAUGCAACUAUAGUGUGGAGCAGUUUUGCGAUACCAAGAGAGAUACAAAAACACAUGCAAUAAUUGUUAUUCUCAUAAGUUUGAAAAAAGCUUGUUUUAAAUACGUUCUUAAUUAUAUGAAUUUCAUACUCCAUUUUUCCACUUUCAGGGGUGGCUUUCGGUCUGAUAAACCCCAGUAGGUAAGUUCCGUAAACACCUUAAUCACUAGGCUCUGCAUAAAGACUUUAUUUCUUUCUCUUCUACCACAUUUUUUACGAAAUUUGUUCUGAAGACCUGUUUGGCCUGACCCCGCCCAAUCCAUUUAGUUCUAUAAGUAAAUGAGCUUAUAUUUUAUAUUGAAUUUAUGAUAAAAAUUUCGUACAUUUGGCGUUAAAAUAAAUAUAAGCCUAAGUAUUUUCAUUAUUUUAUGAGAAACGUGAAUGAUUUUUGUUAAAUUACAAAAUAUUGGAUGACUUGUCGAUUCUUUAAUAUUCUUGUACAUUUCCACGUGUAAUUUAGAAACUUAGACGAUAUAUUAGAAGUAUUAUUGGAUAAUAUGAGCAAUAUUUUAAUAUUAUGUUUUAGAUCUGUGUGAAUUGUGAUUAAAUUUCCUAAUAAAUCGCUGUUGUUUUAAUCUACCAAUACA